GUCGAUUUUCUCAUUCACAAUACUUCAUCCACAUUCCAUAAAAUGGCGAAGGCAAAGAGAAAAGGAAGUCGGCCUGCUAUCGAGAAGAAGUUCGACGGUGGGGGAAGCCGUAUUAAGGCUGUCAAUACUUGGGAUGAAAUGGAAGGCGACUCUGAAGAUGAGUUUCAUGAUAGCCGGAAUACUAUUGAUUUGGACCAUGAGAGAGAGCUUGAGCGCCGGCAAUAUGACGAGUACGAGGGAAGCGAGGAGGAAGUCUUCAGUUUAGAUGAUGGCGAAGACGAGCAAGAUGACGAGGACGAAGAAGAAGAUUUGGAAGAUCUUGAAGAUGACCUUGGACGUGGAGAAGAUGAUGAAGAGCAGUUGGAUCUCGACAAAACAUCAUGGGGGAAAAGCAAGCGCAGUUACUAUGAUGCGGAUGAAAUUGAGUCUGACGAGGAGACGGCCAAAGCCGAAGAAGAAGAAGCUCUAAGACUUCAGAAAAAGCGUAUUGCAGAGAUGUCAGAAGAGGAUUUUGCUCCUGGGGAGGAAGAAGCUGUCUGGGGCACUGUCGCUGGGCGAGGCAUCUUAGGUGAUAAGGAUGCCGAUCGUGCUCUUGUGGAAGGCUUUGAGAAAGAACUUCAAGGAAUUGAUUUAUUAAAGGCCAAACAAGGAGGAGUUGUUGUUGAAAAGAUUGCUAAAGCUGGUGUUAGCAAACUAUCAAAGCAGGAGAUCCUAAAGGUUUUACAGAAUCAGAGCCCGGAGUUGCUUGACCUUGUGGAGGAGUUCAAGGAGAAAACAGAGAUGUUGCAUGCCAUGGCAGAGUUACUCCAGCUUACAAACUCACUACGCAAACCUUAUCCGGACGACAAGGCUCCAAUGCCGUUCCUGCGCUUGAAAUACCAAACACUAAUCAAUUACCUCACAAAUAUUGCAUUCUACAUCACGCUGAAAACAUCACCCGAUAAUGGAACCACGGAUCUUACAAACCAUCCUGUUAUUGAUGCACUGUAUGAGCUGAAAAAAUCAAUCAUCAAGUUGGAGAAAAUGGAAAAGAAGAAGACAAUCAGGGAGAGUAUGGAGGAUCUGUUGGAACUUCUGGAGAGUGGUGAGGACCCUGAAGAUACUGACAAAAGCGAGGAUGAAGAAGAUAAGCAGCACUCGAAGCAAGACUCUAAGGCAAAAACGCCUCUCGAAAAGAAUAAGAAAACGAAAAAGAAGACCGCUGUUAAACAGACAGCAGAGAAAGCAAAACCCAAGGGGUUUGAGUAUAAUGUUGAACUUGAAGAAGAAUUCGUAUCGCACAAUAAGAAAGUGAAGAAUAGGAAAUCUGCAGCCGAUAAGAAACGCAGUAGACUAGAGAACGAUUAUGGCGAUUUGGACGAGCUACUAGACGUUGAUAUGGAGGACAAGGCACAGAAGAAGAGAUCACUCCGAGAUUAUGUUGCUAAGUUGGAUCAAAAUGCUAAUAAGCGAUCUAAAAUUUUACGGGGUUCUGGGGACACAGAUAUUCCUUAUCGUGAGAAGUUCAAAGACCGUCAGGAACAACUCAAACGACAGGCCGUUAAGAGCGCACCUAUACCAGAGAACACUGACCUGGAUGAUCUUGAAUGGGAUGCCAAGGAUAUUGAAGACGCUCGUCCUAUAGAUGAAAACCAAGAUGAUAUCUUCAGCGCAGAUCGGAGAUCGAGUCUUAAUGAUCGUGUGCAACAAGAUACAGAGGGCGAGGAUUAUUACCAAGAGGUUCUUGCUGCCAAGGAGGCUAAGAAAGCUGCCCGUCGAGCCUUAAAUGAAAAUUUGGAGAAGAGCACUUCUUUUGAGGAUACAAGUAUCGAUCCCAACGACAAGCGCUCGAUCUCGUGGCAGAUUCUCAAGAACAAAGGUCUUACACCUCAUCGCAAGAAGGAGCAGCGCAACCCACGUGUCAAGCAUAGGAACAGAUACGAGACUGCCAAGAAGAAGAUCAAGUCUGUCAAGCGAGUUUUCACGAGACUGGAGGGUGCGUACGGAGGAGAGAAGACUGGCAUCAAGACUGGUCUUGCGCGCAGCGUCAAGUUUUCUUAAAGUUAAUAAAUUUUUUGCAC